UCGAGUCAUCGUCACCGCGGCGAAAAGUCAACUUUUUCCGCACUGGAACCCAUAGUUGUGAAUAGCGAGCGAGAGGAGCUAACAUUAUCCAUUCUUUGGCGUAAAGUUCGAACCAACACACAUAUGAGCGUUCAAUUCGCUAGAAUACUGUCUGUUCCUGCUGACUGCUUUGUCCAAAUUCGAGUGAAGCAGUGAAAGACGCGAUUCAGAAACUCCGGAAUUUCGGACGAAGCGAAAGGAUCUUGUUUGUAAUUUUGUCAUUGCAAACGUGUGUGCGUGUGUGUGGAACGGGAAAAUCUUUUUCCUUCGCGAUAACACGAAAGUUUUUCGCCCUCCAGAUAAGUUUUCUCGUGCAAUGUGUUGUUUCAAAGUUAUGUGAUUUUCGUUGCUGCCCUGCUCUUGUACGCUUGAGUGCGGUGGGUUUCACCGAGAUAAAGAAGCGGAGCCGUUCGAGGAUUUAGAGCUUCCUUGGAAGAUUCAGUUUUUGUCCAGUUCUUUUUUUUUAUGUAAGUCACGCGCCGGAAAGAAAACGAAGAAGGCAGUGGCGAAGAGUGUUUUUAGAGGAGCCAAACAAAAGAAACAUUACGAGACGCGACAUAAAAAUAAACUUUCGAUGUCGAUUCUUCCAAUUCGCGAGUGUCUGAUGAGUGUUUAUUUCGUCCGAAGGUGAAGUUUGUGCUGUAGGAGAAUCCUACAAGAAAAUCGGUUGCUACGAUUCUAAAACCAGUCGAACUAGAAGGGGAAGAAGAACGCCUUCAGAGGACAACCAUUCGGGCUGAAUCAGCGGAAGGAAACUACAUAACAAACACGAACAGCACAGAUUCAUAAUGCGUGAAUACAAAAUUGUUGUGCUCGGCAGCGGAGGUGUCGGCAAAUCUGCUUUAACAGUACAGUUUGUUCAGGGUAUAUUCGUGGAAAAGUACGAUCCUACGAUAGAAGACAGCUACCGAAAACAGGUUGAAGUAGACGGACAGCAAUGCAUGUUGGAAAUUCUGGACACAGCUGGAACGGAACAAUUCACGGCGAUGCGAGAUCUUUACAUGAAAAAUGGCCAGGGCUUCGUGCUGGUGUAUUCCAUUACCGCACAAUCGACGUUUAACGACCUGCAAGACCUGCGAGAGCAGAUUCUAAGGGUUAAGGACACUGACGACGUUCCGAUGGUGUUGGUCGGCAACAAAUGCGAUCUGGAGGAUGAGCGAGUGGUCGGCAAGGAGUUGGGCAAAAGUCUUGCCAACCAGUUCAACUGUGCAUUCAUGGAAACGUCAGCCAAAGCCAAAAUUAAUGUUAACGACAUUUUCUACGACUUAGUGCAACAAAUUAACAAAAAAUCACCCGAGAGAAAGCCCAACAAAAAGAAGAAAUCGCUAUGUGUGUUGCUCUAAGUAAGCUACAACUAAUUAACAAAGUUAUAAUAAAGAGGAAAACUGUAACAGAGGUAAUAAAAAGAGAAAAAAAACGUUCAGAAGUAAUAACUAAGAAAAAAAAGUUAUAAACAUUAUAUUAAUUAAAAGAAAACAAAAAGAGGAAACAAAAUUAAAACCAACAAUCGCCGUAAGGAACUUGACGAGAAGCGUGUGGCUGCGAGGUCCCACGAUCGAACAAAAGGGCAACAAAUAGGAACAGAAACAGAUUAACAACAGUGGACAUAACAAGAACACUACUUACUUGAUAAUUUAAAAAACAAGUUUUGAACUAGCCAGAUUAUUCUCCUCGACGCAAGAGUGCACACAAACGGAAAAUGCAACAUUCACUAUGGAAUUAAAGAGAACAAAUCGUACGUUGUCAUCAUCGCCAUUAUUGUUAUUGUGAUUGUUUCUAUUUACUUCACACGAUCACAUCAUUAUUAUUUCCCUCUCAUAGACAUAAAAAAUGGCUCUUGCACUUUCGCUAGAUUAUUGAGUUCAGACACAAUAAAAACAUUUUCUUCGAACACGUGUGGCUACUCUUUUUCUAAUCGUGAUUUUUGGCUUCCAUUUUUCACCGACACAUUGACCCAUGAGCGCGCUAUCAUAUACAUACACAUAAAUAUAAAUGGUGUUUGAUCUCUAGCGACUUGAGAAAAGAAACUAUACAACAAAUUAGAAAAAAAAACUUCCAGUUAGGCAUACUUAUUGCUUCACAACUAUCAAAAAAGUAAAACUUUAAGACUCGAGAGACUUGCAGAAAAUUGUUGUUUAAUAAUUUAUACACAUUCACAGCAAAUAAAAUCAGUAAAAAGUUGACAUUCGUUCAGACGAAAAAAAUACAGCGUAAUUGAAAAGUAUUAUAGAGGAAUUUUUGCAGUCAAUGAACACAGACUAUAGUUUAGGAUUCGUAUAAGAUUAUCAUAUGGAGAAUGGAAAAAAGAACAACUAGAUUUUAUACCAUUUUUAAACGCAAUGAUAUCAAAUUUUCUACUGUCUUACACAAUUUUACUGAGUGAAAAGUAUUGAUACUGUGAUUCAAGGUGCACUCCAGCGUGUGACUCGCAGUAGAGAGUGGUGUCGUAUUGCUGCUGCACUCUUCGCUCUUUCACGAGUUUCACGUGAAAUAAAUUUGAAUCCAAAGGUUGCAUUUUUGAGUGCCAAAACCAAAACAUACACUCAGAUCGUAGAGACAGACCCGGUUUGGGAGUGAGGCCGAAUGAUUCAUUUCAUCUUUCCAAUCUUGCCCUUUCCUACUCCUCUUUGUCUAAGUUUACAUCAAGUUUUUCUGCUAGUAUUUACACUCAUUCCAAAGUGUCACUUUUAACGCUGUUCAAAAAUGUUUUAGAGAAAUGCAAACGAAAUAUAAAUUCAAUAAUCUACAAGUCAACAUUGUAACACAGAAGUUCGCCUUUGUUCGAGUUUUAAAUAGUAUAGCGGUAAGCCAAACGUAAUCAAACAUAAGAUCGUCAUCGUCGUUGUUGUCGUCAUGAAGAAGAAAAAAAACUUCCACCAGAACACGUGAAAAUAGAUCAUGCUACAGUGAUAAUUCGCGAAGAAAGAUUUGAUAGCUCCACAAACCAUCAUAGUCUUUCUUCCUUGCAUCGUUCCCCUUUCCAGGUAGUACCGGGUAGAUUCCAAUCCACCACCUCAUGAAACAAAUGAACAGAUACAAAAAAGUGUUAUCAAAGUGACCCAAACUCCAAAAGAAAAUUAGUGUAAAUCAAUACAAUCUGAUGUGAAUGUGUCUAGACUUCCACACGGAACAGACUUAGCAUAUAUCAAGAUAUCGUUCAAGAAAACACACAAACAGUACACGAUUAAGAAAAAUGACAACUUGAAUAGCGAAUUUCAAAAAAAAAAAUAGGCGAUACUACGCUAAUGAAUGAAGCCUCGUUAUCACACUGCAUCAUUCAUUCUUCCAGGUUGCAGGGGGAAUUCGAACCAGUAAAAUAAUUUACACAAUAGGAAAACAAACUGACGCAUCUCGAAUCUGCAACGUGAACACAACAAAUCGCCACAAAACAAAUUGUAGCGAAAAAAACGAUAUAUCAUUCACGCGGACAUGUACACGUACAUACACAGCCACACAUACACAAACACACACGCUCUUCUCCUAUACUGAUUAAGAAGAAAAGGACGAAAACAAGAUAUAACUGUGUAACCAAGCAAAACAAUCUAUUUUCUAAUGAAUAAAAAGUAUAUAUAUAUACAAUGACA